AUGAUUACUAAUAAUAUAGUUCAGUUAGAAAAUGAUAAGGGGACUGAUAGGAUGAGAACAAUUGCAGUAUUAACUGGAGAAUGUCACUUGUAUGUUACACAUCCUGUAUCUGAACCUGAUGUUAUUGAGGAUGCCAUACUGUCACUACCAGAUAUGAGCAUAUUGGAUGGAGAUAUGUGUGGUGAAGGGCCUAAUAUGGGAAGUAAUGAAGGUGGGGCUACACUGGGUGAAGAUGUGGUGGAAGAGAGGACAAGAGUUGAUGAAGUUGAGGAGAAUGUUGGGAUUGAAGAGAGUGUUGGAAUUGAGGAAAAUGUGGGUCAUGUGGGGACCAACUGCGAAACUGAGGAGAAUGUGGGUCAAGAGGAGACAAACUAUAACAAUAUGGAUGAUGUGAGGACCGCCUAUGAAAUGGAGGAGAAUGUGGAUGUAGGGAUGAAUGUUGGAGGAGAUGAAAUCAAUGUAGGACUGAAUUGCAACCAAGAACAAGAUGAGGUAGUUAACUGUAGCCAAGAAGAUGGAAGUGAUGACAGUGCUUUGAAUGUUAAUUUUGAAGAAUUAGAUAAUGAUAUAGGUAUUGAUGGAGAGAUAUCAAUUGAUGAGGAUGAAGUGAAUGCAACAAGUAAGGAGAAGGGAAAAGGCAAUGGGAAAUGUAAGGGGAAAAGGGAGGGAAAAGGGAAGGGGAAAGGUAAAGGGAAAGAGAAGGGGAAAGGAAAGGAAAAUGCCAUUGUUAAGGAUGUAGGUGAUGAUAAUGAUGGUGAGAUAAAUCUGGACAAUUUGAGAGGUUUAGGUGGCAUUAAGGAGUAUGACAGUGAUAAAAUGCCAAUUGAGUAUGACAGUGAGAAUGAUGAGGUUGUAAAGGAUGAUUUUGUAACCUUUAAGCUUCCAAAAAGAAUGGAAGACUACAAAUGGGAACUUGGUACAUACUUUUCUACAAAUGGGGUGUUUCAAGAGGCAAUAAGAACAUAUGCCAUUUAG